CCGCUCCUCCCGCUCCUCCCCGCCGCCGCCGCCCUGAGUCACUGCCUGCAGCUCCCGCCGCCCGGCUCCGUGUCUGAGCCUCCUGGAACGAUAAUUGGAGUUCUUACAAGAUGGCAGACAUUGACAACAAAGAACAGUCUGAACUUGAUCAAGAUUUGGAUGACGUUGAAGAAGUAGAAGAAGAAGAAAUGGGUGAAGAAACAAAAAUCAAAGCGUGUCAGCUGACUGGUCAGAUGAUGCAAAAUCCUCAGAUUCUUGCAGCCCUUCAGGAAAGACUGGAUGGUCUGGUAGACACACCAACAGGAUACAUUGAAAGCCUGCCUAAAGUAGUCAAAAGACGGGUGAACGGCCUCAAAAACCUUCAAGUUAAAUGUGCACAGAUAGAAGCCAAGUUCUACGAGGAAGUUCAUGAUCUUGAAAGGAAAUAUGCUGUUCUCUAUCAGCCUUUAUUUGAUAAUUAGCCUUUAUUGGAUAAUCGAUUUGAGAUCACUAAUACAAUUUAUGAACCUAUCGAAGAAGAAUGUGAAUGGAAACCAGAUAAGGAGGAAGAAAUUUUGGAGGAACUGAAAGAAAAGGCCAAGAUUGAAGACGAGAAAAAGGAUGAAGAAAAAGAAGACCCUAAAGGAAUUCCUGAAUUUUGGUUGACAGUUUUUAAGAAUGUUGCUUUCCUCAGUGAUAUGGUUCAGGAACAUGAUGAACCUAUUCUGAAGCACUUGAAAGAUAUCAAAGUGAAGUUCUCAGAUGCUGGCCAACCUAUGAGUUUUAUCUUAGAAUUUCACUUUGAACUCAAUGAAUAUUUCACUAAUGAAUUGUUAACAAAGACGUACAGGAUGCGGUCAGAACCAGAUGAUUCUGAUCCCUUCUCUUUUGAUGGACCAGAAAUUAUGGGUUGUACAGGGUGCCAGAUAGAUUGGAAAAAAGGAAAGAAUGUCACUUUGAAAACCAUUAAAAAGAAGCAGAAACACAAGGGACGUGGGACAGUUCGUACUGUGACUAAAACAGUUUCCAAUGAUUCUUUUAAUUUUUUUGCCCCUCCUGAAGUUCCUGAGAAUGGAGAUCUGGAUGAUGAUGCCGAAGCCAUACUGGCUGUAGACUUUGAAAUUGGUCACUGUUUACGGGAGCGGAUAAUCCCAAGAUCAGUGCUGUACUUUACUGGAGAGGCUAUUGAGGAUGCUGACGAUGAUUAUGAUGAAGAAGGUGAAGAAACUGAUGAGGAAGGGGAAGAAGAAGGAGAUGAGGAAAAUGAUCCUGACUAUGACCCCAAGAAGGAUCAGAACCCAGCAGAGUGCAAGCAGCAGUGAAGCAGGAUGUCUGUGGCCUUGAGGACGGCCUGCCCUGGCCUACCUUCUGCUUUCCUGGAAAAGAUGGAAUUACAUCAUUUGAACCUAUGUUGAGCUUUUCUCUUGUUUGUUUGCCUAAUUUUGUUUUAUAGCCUAAAAUAAAAACGUCAUACAGUUUUAGCCCUCACA